AUGUCAUUGAAAUAUUUACCAGGACGUCCCAAUGACACCCAACAAACCAUGUGCCAAACACUUUGGCAAGACCAACUCAUAUUCGCAUAUUGUUCAGGUAACAACUUAAUCAUCCUAUCUAAUGACUUCACCCGAUUACAAACAAUCUAUCUAGAAACAAAGACGGAUUGUCCCACUGUCGAUAUCAAUCCCGAGAAUGGAUUUAUAGCAGUAGCUGUCAAUAAUAAAGUUAACAUAUUCAAACCGAUUCAUCAAGUUAUGAAGACUCCUAAAUGGGUAUUUUGUUGUCAGAUCUACCAUGAUGAUUCCCAAGUAAAUUGUCUCCAAUGGGGACACGAUAAUGGGAUAGUAAUCGGGUCUAAUUAUCUUUCAUUCUGGAAAAUCAGAGAUGAAUUUGGUAGGUUUGUCCCCAUCUUGCUUUGGAAUAAGAGACAACCGAAACCCGUUUACCUCGUGGUGUUGUCAAAUGAUUGUCAAUUGAUUGCAAGUUGUGGGAAGUUCGAUCAUUCUGUUAAGUUAUGGAAAAGGAUUUCAAUUAGUGGAGAACAAGAUAUUUUUAAUUUGACUUUAUUGCCUCAUCCGGAUUAUGUUACUUCGAUGAGAUGGAAGAAAACAGGUCAAUCUGCAUCAGAUGGACCGAAGAUACUUUAUACUUCAUGUGAAGAUAAACAUUUACGAAUAUGGUCCUGUUAUCAACAUGAUUCAGGAACAAUUAAUGUUCAAGCUUGGGGUCAGAUCUCUUUAAAACCGAACCAGAAGUUUUAUCUCAUUAUAGAUUCAUGGAUCAUACAAAACUUCUUGCAAAAGAUGAAGACUCUCGACAGCUAUUUCAUCGAUAAGAAUGUAGAUAUUGCUUUGAUUGGUGAUACAAAUGGCCGGUUCGAAGUCGUGGCAUUGGAAAAUCUUUCAAAUGAUCCACCAAAACCAUUGGUUCAUAAAAAUUUACUCUCCAAAUUGAUUAUUCAUCCUUCCAUUGCAAAAAAUCCCGAUUUCUUAUAUUUCGCUGAAUUACAACCUUACAAUAACGGCUGUGAAAAACUAUCAUUGAUUGCUAACGAUCUGGGUGGCAAAAUAAGGCAUUCCUCAUUAGACUUAUCAAAAUUACUCGAUCAAAAGGAGGAUUCCAAAAAUCAAAUAAUUACAAAACCGAAACAUAAAUUCACAGGACAUAAUAAAUCCAUUCAAAAAUUAAUUAGAAGUAAUGAUGGAGAAGCCAUGCUAACAUUGUCAAGAUUCUCGGAAAAUUGUCUUUGGUAUCCACAACAAUUAUCAGAUGAUUUCACAUCACUAGAGUUGAAAAACAUUAUCAAGACAGAAAAACCAAUAAAAUUAGCAGUCGUUCAAGAAAAGGGUAAUCUAGUUAUAAAUUUAUUAGAAAAUCAUAAAUUACAAGUUUGGGAUUGUCCAAAUAUUCAUCAUAAAUACGGUUCACAUCUUUGUUCAGAAUUAGUCAUCCCUGAAAUACCAGACAUUGAGCCCAUACUAAUGUUAAAUGCACCAGAGAAAAUACAUCAUCAUGAUAGACAUUUCGUUAUGAUCAUUUAUUCAGAUGCAUCAGUGAAAGCAUUUGAAAUUUCAAAAAAAAAUGGAAUCUUAGAAGUGGCAACAGAUUCUUUGAAAACUAAACCUGCUGCAAAUGAAGAUGCUGAGAAUUACGAUUCUGAUAUCUAUCGUAUAUCAACAAUUGAUCCAGUUCAUACAACAAGGUCGAGCAAUAGACCUCUAAUAUCCUUAAUAACGAAAAGUGGUAUCAUAAAAACCUAUAGAGCAAUCGUUAUAGAAGACCAUUCAUCAAAUGGUAUGAACGGGUAUUAUAUCAAAUGGGAAAAAAGUCAUCAUGAAAUUCAAACUGGUAUUGAAAAUGCUUUAUUUGUAAGAGGGUCAUCAACCGGGAAAAUAUGUACAGUUAAUUCUGAGGGGAAUUCAAUGUCAUUGUUUGAUGUAAGGAGGGGCGUAUUGGAGUAUUCUGAAUCAUUCUCGGACAAAAUAUUGGAUAUUGAUUGGACAAGUACUGACUAUGGUCAAAGUAUUGUAUCGAUUGGUUUCACAGGAUAUGCCUUAUUAUAUACACAACUGAGAUAUGAUUAUACAAACAACAAUCCAAGCUAUUUACCAAUUGAGAAAAUCGAUAUAACAUCCCAUACUGCUCAUAAUAUUGGAGAUUCCAUUUGGUUGAAAAAUGCCAUGUUUGUUGUAGCAUCAGGAAAUCAAUUGUAUAUUAAAGAUAGAUCAUUGGAUCUAAAUGACCCUUUCACAAAUAGAUCCAUCGGUUCAAGAGUUCUAUAUUCAAAUGAUAUCAUAAAUUUGUCAAAUGUCAUCAACGGUCCAGUACCAGUUUAUCAUCCGCAAUUCAUUAUUCAAGCAUUAUAUAGCUCAAAAUUACAAUUAGUAAAAGAGCUACUAUUGAGAUUGUUUUUAUUAUUAAGAGAAAUUGAUUUCAAGUCAAAGGAUAUAACGACAUGUUUACCCUCCGAUUUGAACAUUGAACCUAAUAAGUUUUUCAUCAGUAAAAAUAAAGAUUAUCCAGUGGAAAAAUUCCCUGACCCAUAUCCAGAAUUUAAUAGAACUGUAGCUUUAGCCUUGUCAGAGUUACUUACAAGAAUAGCAUUACCAUUUGUCACACGUCAUCAACAAAAGACUUUAAUUACCACUAUAGAAGCUAUGGAGGAAAUAAUGAAAAAUGAAAAUACAGUUGAUUAUAAUGGUAUCAGAUUCCUUUUAGGUGUAAAGUUAUUCAUUGCUCAUAGAGAAAAGCAAAAGACUUUAUUAUUAAGAGAUAUUUCUUGGGCAUUACAUUCAGAUAAUAAAGAAAUUUUAUUAUCACUCCUAGGAAAUCAAGUAAAUAGUUGGGAAAGAGUUGUGGAAUUUAAAUUAGCGUAUUGGGUUAAAGAAAGUAACAUAAUUAGAGUAUUUGAAGAUAUUGCAAAAUUUGAAUUCUCCAAAAAUGAUACUAAAGAUCCAUCAAGAUGUGCAAUCUUUUAUUUAGCAUUGAAAAAGAAACAAAUUUUAUUAAGUUUAUGGAAAAUAAGUAUCGGGCAUCCUGAACAACAAAAGAUGUUGAAGUUUUUAAGUAAUGAUUUUAAUGACCCAAGAUGGAAAACUGCUGCUUUGAAGAAUGCGUUCGUAUUAUUAAGUAAACAUCGUUAUAUGGAUGCAGCAUGCUUUUUCCUCUUAGCAGAUUCUUUAAAAGACUGUAUUAAUGUUCUAUACAAACAGGUUGAGGAUUUGGAUUUAGCCAUUGCAGUCUGCAGAAUUUAUGAAGGUGAUAAUGGCCCAGUCCUUGGUGAUUUCCUCUCAAGUAAAAUUCUACCGGACGCUAUUAUUGAAAAUGAUAGGUGGCUCACGAGCUUCAUUUAUUGGAAACUAAGGAAACAAGAUUUAUCAAUUAAAGCAUUAGUUACAUCACCUAUUGAUUUAGAAAAUAAUUCAGAAUUAGUCGAUAAGACCAAGAUGGUAAACAAAUCAUUCUUAGUGGAAGAUCCUGCAUUGCUAUUUCUAUACGAGCAUUUAAGGAAGCGUAACAUUAAAUAUUUUAUGGGAUCCUUAGAGAUUGGUGAGAAGAUUGAAACACGUCUCAUCUUAAGAGUAGUUGACAUAAUGUGCAGAAUGGGGUGUAACUAUUUGGCAGUUUCUCUAGUUUGUAAUUGGAAAUUUAUUGAUGAAAGGAAAAGUGCUAAAUUUGUUCAAGAAAGUCCCCAAAAGAAUAAUAUGUUUUCUAGUAUUGAUGCGAUGGCUGCUGAACCAAUUAUUACCACAAGAUUUAGACCUAGUCUAUUUGAUAAAUUUAAGGAAUCAGGGUCUACAGAAACCGGUAACUCUACAAAUCCACAUCAACCUAUUUCGACACCAAAUUUAUUAGAUGCAUUUUCAGUAGGAUCGUCUACAACAAAGAGUAUGCUUGACGGUUUCUCAACCGAUACUAAGAGUCAAACUGGAAACUCAAUAAUGUCCUCCAAAAGUAUAUUAGAUGACUUUGUGGAUACAGCAAAAACUGGAAGAAGCGUUAACACAGGAAGUAACAGUAUAUUUGCUGAGAAGAAAUCUGACAAACCACAUAAUGCAUUGGAUGCAGCUGGGACCACUGCUCCAGUAACAAAGAAACUCGCAACAAGUUCUGCACCAAGAAGUUUACUAGAUGAUUUUAUGUAA